AUGUUUUUCUUCUUUUCAGGUUACACACGUCUCCAAAGAAGAGACUGACUCCAAUGCAAAAAUGUGUCAGCCCAUUAGUUUGGUGCAGGCGGGUGUUGGAUUACCCAAGUCCUGACAUUGAAUGUGGUAAAAAGUCACUGAUCCACAGGCUGGAACAGAUGAUGUCAGCCGUGAAGAGACAGAGUUUGUACAAUAGUCCUUUCAGUGCAGUCAGCUAUGCCAGCUCCUAUAGUCCAAAUACCAGUAGCCCCUACAGCAGUGGUUUCAACUCUCCCUCCUCAACACCAGUGAAAUCUGCAUUAGCGAAACAGUUCAUAUCUCCGGGUACCUCAGGCCAUCUUAAAAGCUCAGCUGAUAGGAAUCCUCCACUAAGUCCACAAUCCUCUGUGGACAGUGAAUUAAGUGCAUCAGAGAUGGAUGAAGACUCCAUUGGAUCUAAUUACAAGCUAAAUGAUGUUACAGAUGUGCAAAUUUUAGCACGAAUGCAGGAAGAAAGCCUCCGGCAAGAGUAUGCAGCAUCGGCUUCUCGGCGUAGUUCUGGUUCUUCUUGCAAUUCCACGAGGCGAGGCACAUUCAGUGACCAGGAGCUUGAUGCACAGAGUUUAGAAGAUGAAGAAGAUGGCACACAUCACACAGUGCACCCUGCCGUCAGCAGGUUCUCACCGUCACCUCGUAGUUCUCCCUGGCCUUCACCAAAACAGUCUCCAAGGAAUUCUCCUCGUUCCCGAUCACCUGCUCGAAGUAUAGAAUACAGUAGAGUGUCACCCCAACCUAUGAUUAGCCGUUUACAGCAACCUCGUCUUUCACUUCAAGGCCAUCCUACAGAUAUGCAGACCAGUAAUGUCAAAAGUGAAGAAAAGCUAAGGCGUAGUCUUCCAAACCUGUCCAGGACAUCUAACAUCCAAGCUGAGUCUGUGAAAAACAGCAGAAGUGACUCAAACUUCCAAGUGCCAAAUGGAGGAAUACCUCGCAUUCAACCUCAAGCCUCAGCCAUACCUUCUUCAAGUAAAUUCCGCUCACCCGCAGCGCCAUCUCCCCUAGCUCUGCGACAACCUCUGAAAGCAUUUAGUAACCACGGACCUGGUCCUGUUGCUCCUCUGGAAGCCACGCAGCUGACACACAGCAGUUCUUCACCGGGGCCUCUUGCAGCUCAGAGUUCAGGCUUGCCCAGCCCUGCCAGCAGUGUUAACAGCACCACCCUCACCAGGCCGGCAGGGGCAGCGGGGAUGAGGAGUGGUUUGCCCAGACCCAGUGCCCCUUCCACGGGGGGCAUCCCAGUGCCUCGUAGCAAACUUGCACAGCCUGUUCGCAGAUCAUUACCUGCUCCCAAAACCUACAGCAACAUGAAAGACGAGAGUUGGAAAGAUGGCUGCUAUUGAACUGCAGAGCUUAAUGCAAAGUUCCAGUGCUCAUGGAUGCUUCCUCACCAGGCUAACACACAGCUUGAUUCUACAGACUGUUCGGAUGUGACUUUUGGGAUUUGUAUGAAUUCCAGACCUCUCUGUCUCUAAUUAGCACAAGCUGGCAGAGAUUAUAAAGCAGCACUUUAAUGACAUCUAACAUCAGAUGUUUGGUGAUCAUACAAUCACUUUCACAUUAAAUUGCUCUCAGUUAUGUUUUGUGGGUUUUUUUCUUGCUUGCUAAAAUGGGUCAAUUUGAGCAUUUAUGACACUGGCCGAUGUCUGGGCAAGAACCUAACAAAUGCCAAAGAAAUGCCCAUCUUGAAAAACAGCAAGUACAACAAUCACUUAGAUUUUCCAAAACAUCGUCUUCAACCUAUUUUAAUUCAACAGAAAGGUUGGUAAAUAUGUACUAUUGAAACAAGACUACGUUGAUAUUCUGAUUGCAGACUGCUACAGUGCUACUGAAAUAUUGCUGUUAACAAUUGAAUGAGAUUCUCAUUAGGGAAAGUGGUACAUACAUCCUUCAGGAAGAACCAGAAGCUACUCUGGAAGAUUAGGCAGAACAGUAAUGAGUAGCCAUGGCUUUCAUUAAUGCUAAAGGUUUGAAUGUAGCAGACGUACACAAAUGCAAUAGUAUAGAUUGCAUCUUUCCUGUGUUGAUUUAUCAGCUUUACAUGCUCUUAUUGCUUGAUUGCCAAAAGGGCUUAGCAUCAGUUGUACAAUCUUUCUGACCUUAAAGUUCCUGGCUCAGGAAAGAUGGCCUUUGCUGUUGUAGCCACAUUUUGAACACAUUACUCGCAAUUUAGGGAAAACAUUUUUAUAGCAGGUUUCCUUAAAAAGGAAGAAGCAAGUAGUAAUGUUCAUUCAUUCUAAUACCACACCACUACGCUUUGCAGCCUGGAACACAACUGUAAAUGCUGAUAGUAGAGGAGAAGGAAACACAACUAUGCACUUGUAACAUACAAAUUUUAAGGUAAUGAGUUGACUCUUGAUGCCAAAUGAUAUUCAUUUAGGUGAUGUUCCAUGGUAUGAGGGAGUUUUCUGUAUCCUAUUUUUUUACUUUCAUCCAUUUCUUAAAUUGGUUUAUUUUAAAUUGUAAAUAUUUUUACAGAAGAUAUUUCCCAUGUAAGUAAGUGUGUUUUAAAUAUGUACUUUGCCUUACAUAUGUGUAUCUUACAUUACUGGUAAUAGAGUAUGAAACCUGCUAUGUCUGUUUACAAGCUCUUAAAUUUCUCCUGUGGCUCUGACUUAUUCUAACACUCACGUUUUUCUCAAAACAACUCAUUUAUAUAAUUAGCAUUUGAACCAUCAUUUUCUGUUUCAGAAGACAUCAUACAAACUCUUGUAACUAAGGUCAUAUUUGGUGGGACAAGUUAAACGGAAGGGAUUUUGUUUGAAGCUUUUUCAGUAUGUUGGAUGUACAGUCAAUGAAAUAAUGAAAUGUAAAUGGUAUCCUUUGUGCAAUGACUGACAAACACUAAAAGUUGGAUCAGGCAGUAGAUAGUCUUCAGCCCCUGAAGUACCUGAGUUUGGAACUGCUGGUGUAUUUUGACUCCCACCAAGAGAGUAACCCACCCUGAAAUCCACACACUUGAGUUUUAGGCUAGCGUCUGCGUAUUCCUGGAUAAAAAGCCAUGCAGUACUACUUGUGUUGGAAGAAGCCAAACAGAAAGUAGCAGAGAUUGAUUUGCUCUUAAUUACUCAAGCAGCUGUAGGCAAGCUAUGGAUUGAUGAGUGAGUUCACACUCCAGACCAAUAUCUGUGCUGAGACUUUGAAAUUGGUAUCAAAAAUACUGUAAUUCACAAGAUUUCAGCAGAAGUCACCUGCUGAAACAAGCUAGUCUUGCGUCACUGGCACAGACAACGGAUGUCAUUAAGUGUCUCAUGUAGCUAUUAAGUAGAAGAGAUCAAAUGCACCUGUUCCCAUCAAAGACUGAAUUUUUAACACGUCAGCAUUUUAAAAAGCAAUGCUGCUUCACUGAAAAAAAAGAUUAUUUUUAAUUGGUGGAUUUUAUUAAACACCUUAGUUGACUUUUAAACUUUGAAAGUCAGUUUAGAUGACAGUAUUGGGGUUUUACCAUGGAUGCAUCAAACUGUUUUGUAAGUUUCCUUAAGUAAUUUGUUACUUGGGCAAAUUCAGCUUCAGUUCUUAAGCAUUCUUUCUCUGCUGUUCUACUCCCCCAAAAUACAACAAACAGCUUCCUGAAAAGACAGACCAUCUGUUUACUAGAAAGCCUUCGUGCAUUACCAGUUUAUUGAUAUCAGGAAAUCAUGGGGCUCUGUGUUUAGAGAUUUACUGCAGAAGUGUGGAAAUAUGGAUUUGAUAAACUAGUGCCUAUGAUUUACUUAACUUAUGUUUGAUAUAGUAGUAAGGGUUUUAUGAAUGUGGAUUACUUUUUGUGCCAACAGCUCGGAAUUGUUGUAUGUAUGUAGGCAGAAAGACUCAUUCUGCUUCCAAAGUUAUUUAAUUUUUUUUUGUUUGAAUGUUUUUUUUGUAAGUGUUAAAGUGUAAAAAAAUAUAUAAAAUAUUCUUACCACAAAAUACUGCCUUC